AUGGCUCUCUUCCCGAAUAACGUUCUCCAUCGAGCAGACCAGCAGGCCCUCUGUUGUGCGUUUGGAAUCCGCCUCGUCACCUCGCCGGCCAUCGUGCAGCUGGCCAAAAAUGCCGGGUUCGAUUCGCUCUUCAUUGACCUUGAGCACUCCACCCUCACCAUCAACGAGGCCAGCCAGCUAUGCGUAACCGCGCUCCUGGCUGGGAUCACGCCGGUAGUCCGGGUCCCGCAUCAGUGCGGCGAUGGCUUCGUACAGCGCGUUCUUGACGGUGGCGCAAUGGGCGUGGUGUUUCCGCAUAUCCAUGGUCCCGAAGACGCACGAUCAGCCGCCCGUAUCUCGAAAUACCCACCGAAUGGCACGCGCUCGAUGACCGGCCAGCUACCGCAAUUCAGCCUCCUGCCGACUCCCAUCCCGACUGUCAUCGCAGCAGGAAACGCCGCGGCAUCAACCGUGUUCCUCAUGGUCGAGACGAAGACAGCUGUUGAGCCCGCUGUGCUGGACGCAAUUGCUGCAGUCCCCGACGUGGAUAUCCUUCUGGUUGGCGCCAACGAUUUAAGCAUCGAGCUCGGCGUUCCUGGACAAUUUGAGAGCGAAGUCUUCCGCGACGCGUUGCGGGCUGUCAGUCGGGCCGCGGGGAAGCACGGUAAGAUCAUGGGGCUGGCGGGGAUCUAUGGGAAUCGAGAGGUGUUGGAAUGGGCUGUUAGAGACCUGGGCGUUGGGUGGCUUUUGGGCGGGCAGGACUCGGGGGUUCUUGCUGGGGGGAUGGCGAGCGUCAUGACGGGGUUGCAGUUGUAA